AUGUAAAAUAAUAACAGCUUUGAGUAUUAAUCUAUUCAAGAUAAAAGAGAAAUUAUGCUCUAGUAAAUUAUUUUAGAAUAAAAAUAAAAAAUCAGAGAGUUAGAAUUGAAAACUUAAAAAUAAUAGACACCUCCAAUGUAUAAAUAAUAAUUAUUGGAAUGUACCAAUUAAUUAGAAGAAAGUAAAAACAUUAUCAAAUAAUUAUUGUAAUAAAAAGAAUAGCUCAAUCAAAAGAUAUAAUCAAUUGAAUCAGAAAUGGAAUUAAAAUAGACCUAAGCUAUUUAAGAUAAAUUAAAUUAAUAUAAUUAGAAUAUUACACAAUUAUAGAAUGAAAAUUAAUUAUUGUAAGAAGAAUUAAAAUAAUUCUAACCAUUAUCAAAAGCAUUAAAUAAUUAUACAUAAGAAGAGAAGUAUAUUUAAUAAAUCAACAUUCUUUAUGAUUUUAUAACAAAGUGUCAAAAAUAAUUUAUGUCAGAUAUAGUUUAUUAUAAAAGAGAAUUAGAAAUUAAAAUUAACUAAAAAGAUCAAUAAAACUUAAAACAUAUUUAAGAAAAAUAAGAACUCAUUACAUAAUUAAAUCAAAGAAUUAAAUUGGAUCAACAAAUUUAAAAUGACGUUAUACUUUAAUUGUAAACAACUCUUUAAGAAAUUUCUAAAUGUUAAACAGAGAUUAAAUAAUUUAAGAUUUUCAAUGGAAAUUAUCAAAAAAUUGAAUAAUUAUUGAUAUAAUAAAUUGAAAAUCUUAAACCUAUUCAAAACAUUUCAUAAAUUUAAUAAGUAAAAUCUGUACAAUCAUCAUAAAUUAGUAAAAUUGAAAAUAAUAUACAAGAUGAUCAAACUGCUUAUCUGAAAGCAGAGAAUGAUUAAUUAAUAUAGACUACAGAAGAUAUUAAAUAAUUAUCUUUACUUAGGGAAAAAACAUUAAAAUAAGAGAUUCAAAGAAAUAAAGAUAAAUGUGAAUAUCUGACUUAAUAAAUUGAAAUAAGAGAAAAACAUUACAUUUAAGAUUUACAUAAAAUUAAAUUAUACAUUGAACAAAUAGAGAAGAAUUAUUAGUCAAGAGAAAACUUUUAUAAAUUCAAUAGCGAAGAACUCUAAUCUUUGCUUGACAAUUUUAGAACUAUAACUUAAUAGAUUUCCUAAGAAUUAAAAAAUAGAAAAGGUAAUGAACAUGUUAAAGAAUGUAAGGAUUUACUUACAAAGUUAGUUUAAACUAAAUCCAAAUAACCAAAGUAAAUUAAGAGUUUAGAAAAACUGGAAAUUAUUUGUAAAGAUUUAUUGAAAAAUUAAUAAUUAAUAAAAUAGAAUGAAGAUCUUAAAGAAUUGAUUAUUGAUGUUAGCAAAUAAAUUUUGAAUUCUUAGGAAUAUAAGUAGCAGACUAUUAUUUUAUUUGAAGCACUCGAUUAACUUGAAGGCAUCAUUACUACUCCUAAUAAAAGAAUUGAUGAUUUGUUAGAUUUAUUCCAUAAAGAAUUACAAUAAUUAACUAAAUUAAGAGAAUAAACAUAUCAAAAUAAUACAAUUUAUACACAGAUCUUAGAAAUCAUAAAAGAAAAAUAAGAAUGUCCAACAAUUUAAGCAAAUAAUUCAAAAGAAGUUGAACAUAUAUCUUAGUUGAGAUAACUAGAAUAAGAAUAAUAUAAAAAAGAAAUUGAUAUAGCUAUUAAUAGAAGUCAAAAGCUUUUGGAGGCUCAAGAAAUUAAAAUUAAGAAUCUUGAAUAUUAAUUAAGAAAACAAGAAUAAUAAAUUAAUUUAUAAUAUCAAUCAACAUCAACUUAGUAGAAUGAAAUGGAUUUGAUAAUUAAAUAAUAAAAUAAGUAAAUUUCUAAACUAUAAAAACAACUAAAUGAAGUCUAAUAAUAAAGAGUUCAGGAUAAAAAGGAUUUAAUCAAAUUAAUAUAAGAUAGUGAAGCUAAACAAAUAGAAACCUAAAAUAAAAGAUUAAAAUCAAUAGAUAAUAAAUAUAAUAUUAUUAUUGAAGUUGUUAAUAAAAAAUUAAACAAACUCAUUAAAUCAGAUAAAGUCUUAAAUAAUGAAUAGUAGUCAAAAGUAAUACACUAAGAAACUGAUUCUUAGAUUAAAUAGUUAAUCAACAAGGAUCAGGAGAGAGAUUUACAAUAUUAAACAUAAUUAGAAUAAUUAAGACAAAUAAUUGAUGAAUUAAAAAAUAAUAUUUAAAAUCUUCACUAUGAAAAAGGUGAAUUAAUUUAGCAAUUAGAUGAGCUUAAUAAAGUUGUCUAAACUUAAAAAAAAGUUUAUUAUUCUUUUCGUUAACAAUAAUAAUGA